UCGCCACGGAGCAGUCCAGACGAUGCUCUCUCGCAUGAGUCGCCGCGUCCUCGCGCGCGCAGUGCGCCCCGCGCUUGUGACCAGCGUCGACGUCGAUGCGCUAGAGAGUACGCUGCCGACACCGCUGCGCCUCUUUGCCUUCCAGCCCGACGUCAUCGUGCAAAAGCCUCCAGCACUGCGCGCCGACGGCCCGCUCGAGCGCCUCCAAGUGCUUCGCAUCCAGCUCCACCGCGCCUUUUGCGACGAGGAGAUCCAAGAUACGAUCGCGCAUGCGUCUGACCUCUCGAGCGAUGGCCUUGCCGCCCUUUUGGAGCCCGAGGUCGCGUUGCCAACCGGCGAGGUCCGGCAGUCGUACGAGUUUGACCGAAGCGCGGGCAUCCCAACCUCGAGCUUUGCGCACUUGGGCCAGCACUUGUACGCUGCAACCAACGAGUGGGCCCUUCGCAGCGAGUGGCAGCACGACGUCCGCGCGUUCCACGCCGUCGCCAUCACGUGUGCGUGUUAAAACGUGUGUAAAGUAUAAUACUACGAGGGUGCUGCUGCGAGCGAACGCAAGCAUUUCUACACUCUAAUCCACAACUUUUUGAAG